CCUCAUGUCGGGAGGAGGAGGAGCCGCGCGUCCCGGAGCCUACCUUGGUUGGAUCAAGUGGGAACUGAGUUCGUGUGGAGAUACGCUGAAGAGGACUGGGAAAACUUUUUGGGAUACAUUAAUAUCCAUGACAUUUAUCAGGGGCUCAAAAGAAAGGAUUCCAGGAAUCUUGCCAUGUUCAAAGCAGUGCUGAAGAAGAACAGAGAUGGAGGCAAGGGGAGCAAGAAGGAUUCAGGCGAUGUUCACUGCCAUAGUGCCCAAAGAAGAUUCCCACCUGAGGGAAACCCCCAGCCCCAGGGGCCUGGCAGCGGCCUCCCCACUGCCCAAGAUGAUGUUUUCAGGUUAAGCCUUGCUAAAGGAGUGUCCAUGUCUCUCCCCUCCUCGCCUCUGCUGCCACGGCAGUCCUACAUGAUGCCCCUACGCCCCAACAAGAGAUCACCAGGUCCUAUCAGGAAGCCCAAGUAUGUAGAGAGUCCUCGUGUCCCUUCUGAUGCCAUCGCGUCAGCACUGAGGAAGGUGGCCGACAACAAGGAGCAAUCCUGCAAUGAGCUGCAAGCAGAGAAACAGCCAAGCUCCUCCUCCCCUGCCACUCAGGAACUGAUGACAAGGCUGGGCUUUCUACUGGGAGAAGGGAUCCCGGGUACGGCACGCAUACCUAUGGACGACAAGAAUGAAAAGAAGUGUUCUCUCACUAGCCAGGGUAUCAGUCCCUGCUCCACACUGACAAGCAGCACGGCGUCUCCCAGCACUGACAGCCCAUGUUCCACCCUCAACAGCACGACCAGCCGUCCCCCACUCAGCCGCUCAAGCCCCUGCGGGACUAUCACCAGCCCCAGUUCCACACUUGAGAGCAAGGACAGUGGGAUCAUAGCCACCAUCACUAGUUCUUCUGAAAAUGACGACCGCAGUGGAUCCAGCCUGGAGUGGAGUAAAGAUGGCAGCCUGAGAGGCAGCGGGCGCCAUGGCCUGGCGCAGAGUGUGCGGGCUGACACCUGCUCUCCCGUGGCUGAAGAAGACUCCAGCAGUGCCACGGCAACACCAGCCGACACCCCAUCCAGGACAGACCAGCAGCAGCAGCAGCAGCAGCCCAACAUAUCAGCAGGAGCACCAGGGCCACCACAACCUCCAGGUCAUACACCUGAGGGACCCGUUCCAUACCCACCACAGACAUCAUCUUCCCUCAUGAUGCCGAGGCCAAACUCUGUAGCAGCAACCAGUUCCACUAAGCUGGAAGACCUUAGCUUUCUCGAUGAACAACGCAACACCCCCCUGCGGACGUCCAUUCGCCUGCCUUGGCAUAACACAGGAGGAAGACCACCUCAGGAUUCAAAAGCGCGUUUUGCCCCCUACAAACCUGUGGACAUCAUGCUCAAGCCUUUGCUGUUUGAGGUUCCCAGCAUCACCACAGACUCCGUCUUCGUGGGCCGAGAUUGGCUCUUUCAGCAGCUGGAAGAUGUCCUGAAGGCCAGCGAGUCCACCGAGAACUGCGGCGCUGUAGUGGUGGGCAGCGUGGGCUAUGGAAAGACGGCCAUUAUCUCCCGCCUUGUAGCACUGAGCUGCCACGGAGGACGAAUGCGCCAGAUUGCCUCCAACAGUCCCAGUGCCUCCCCUAAAACUGCUGCGGGACCGAGCACAGAACUUCCUAUGAGCCAGCCCCCACAGCCCACCCCACCAUCCAGUGCUACCAACACUUUGAGGACCAACAGUUGCCCAGGAACCCCCGAGAUGCAGCGACGCAGGGAGGAGGCUGUCAAACGUCUGGCUGCAAAGGUGGUGGCGUAUCAUUAUUGCCAGGCAGAUAACACAUACACUUGCUUGGUACCAGAAUUUGUACAUAGCAUCGCAGCCCUGCUGUGCAGAGCACAUCAGCUCAGUGCAUAUAGAGAGCUGCUGCUGAAAGAGCCCCACCUCCAGAGCAUGCUCAGUCUGCGCUCCUGUGUCCAAGAUCCUAUGGCUGCUUUCCGGAGGGGAGUCCUGGAGCCAUUAGCCAACCUUCGUAAAGAGCGGAGAAUUCCAGAGGAGGACCACAUUAUCUUGAUAGAUGGACUGAAUGAAGCCGAGUUCCAUAAGCCUGACUACGGAGACACCAUUGCUUCCUUCAUCACUAAGAUCAUUACCAAGUUCCCCUCCUGGCUUAAACUGGUGGUCACUGUCCGGGUAAACUUGCUGGAGAUCACCAGCCGUCUGCCCUUCUCUAAGAUCUCCCUGGAUGAUUUUUCUGACAACAAAGAGAUAAGCAACGACCUAAAUGCAUAUAUCCAAUACCGUAUCAAUGGCAGCAAGGACAUCAUGAACAAUAUUAACCUAAAUGGCAAAGCAGACCCUCUCACAGUUGGCAAGCUCAGUAGCCACCUGAUCUCCCGCAGCCAGGGCUCCUACCUGUAUCUCAAACUCACCCUGGACCUGUUUGAGAGGGGACACCUUGUGAUCAAAAGUGCCAGCUACAAAGUCGUGCCCGUUUCCCUGGCUGAACUGUACCAGUUACAGUGCAACAUGAAAUUCAUGACCAAUUCAGCCUUUGAGCGCUCGCUGCCCAUUCUCAAUGUGGCACUUGCUUCACUGCACCCUUUGACUGAUGAGCAGCUGUUCCAGGCCAUCAACGCCGGCUUCAUCCAAGGGGAGCUCCAAUGGGAGGACUUUCAACAACGCAUGGAGUUGCUCUCAUGCUUCCUCAUCAAACGGCGGGACAAGACACGGAUGUUUUGCCACCCCUCCUUCAGAGAGUGGCUGGUGUGGAGAGCUGAUGGAGAGAGUACGGACUUCCUCUGUGACCCCAGGACCGGCCAUGCUCUCAUGGCGUUCAUGUUAUCCCGCCAAGAGGGGAAACUCAACCGUCAGCAGACAAUGGAGCUGGGACAUCACAUCCUCAAAGCACACAUAUUCAAGGGUCUGAGCAAGAAAACAGGCGUGUCAUCCAGUGUGCUGCAGGCUUUGUGGAUUAGCUGCAGUGCCGAUGGCCUUUCUGCAGCCUUGGCCUCUCUGAGAAACCUGUACACACCCAAUGUCAAGGUAAGCCGUCUGCUGAUGCUGGGUGGAGCCAACGUGAAUUACCGCACAGAAGUCCUGAACAACGCCCCGGUGCUUUGCGUCCAGUGCCACCUCGGUCAUCAGGAAAUUGCCUCGCUGCUGCUCGAGUUUGGUGCCAGUGUUGAUGUUGUGUCUGAAAAUGGUAUGAACCCGCUCUGCUUCUCAGCAGCUGCAGGACACCUGGGACUAGUCAUGCUGCUCUGUAAGAGGGGGGCCAAGGUUGAGCAUGUAGAUAAGAGUGGCCAGUGUGCUCUGGUCCAUGCCGCACUGCGAGGACACCCUGAGAUUAUUCAGUUCCUGCUGGAGCUGGAAUGGAGUGCUGAGGGGCAGCAGCAGGACUGCUCUCUGAAGAACAAAGCUCUGCAGCAGGCUUUGAUUGCAGCCUCAAGCAUGGGACACACACAGGUUGUGAGGGGCUUGCUGGCGUUGAAUAAUGACCAUGCUGUGCAAAUUGAUAGUCAUGACACUCUGUGGGGAGAGACAGCCUUGACAGCUGCAGCUGGCCGGGGAAAGAUGGAGGUCUGCAGCUUCUUGUUGGAGCAGGGGGCGGUGGUGCAGCAGGUCAACCGGCGGGGGGUGUCUCCUCUAUUCUGUGCCGUCAGACAGGGACACUGGCAGAUUGCAGAGCUGCUGUUGCAGCACGGUGCUGACAUAAACAUCAGUGACAAGCAGGGCAGGACCCUACUCAUGGUGGCAGCCUGUGAGGGUCACCUGAGUACUGUUGAGUUUCUGCUUUCUAAAGGUGCAUCUUUAACUUCGAUGGACAAGGAGGGACUGAUGCCCCUGAGCUGGGCAUGUUUAAAAGGACAUAAGAAUGUGGUGCAGUUUUUGGUAGAGAAAGGUGCGGUCAUCGACCACACAGACAAAAAUGGACGAACUCCCCUGGACCUCGCUGCUUUCUAUGGAGAUGCGGAGAUUGUCCAGUAUUUGGUGGAAAGAGGAGCAGUGAUAGAGCAUGUGGACCAUAGUGGGAUGAGGCCUCUGGAUCGGGCAAUAGGUUGUAGAAACACGUCGGUGGUGGUGACUUUGUUGAAGAAGGGGGCCAAGCUGGGCUACAGAACGUCUCCUUAUGAUCGAUCAGGGAACGCUGCCUGGGCCAUGGCUACUUCCAAGCCUGAUAUUCUCAUCAUUCUUCUGCAGAAGCUAAUGGAGGAGGGAAACCUGCUUUACAAGAAAGGGAAGAUGAAAGAGGCGGCCCAGAGGUACCAGUACGCCCUGAGGAAGUUUCCUAGAGAAGGCUUUGGUGAUGACCUGAAGGCAUUUAAAGACUUGAGGGUCUCUCUGUACCUCAAUCUCUCCCGCUGUCGCAGAAAAACCAAUGAUUUCGGGAUGGCUGAGGAGUUUGCGACAAAAGCACUGGAGCUGAAACCCAAAUCCUAUGAGGCCUACUAUGCCCGCGCCAGAGCUAAAAGAAGCAGCAGACAGUUUACAGCGGCCCUGGCUGACCUACAUGAAGCAGCCAAGCUGUGCCCCAACAACAGGGAAAUCCGUCGCUUGCUGGCUCGAGUCGAAGAUGAGUGUAAGCAGAUGCAGCGAACUCAGACCAAAGGAGGCCUCGCCGGGGCUGCAGCCGCUUCCAGCCAGGCGUCAGGAGGCCACGAAUCUGACCAGGAGCAAGAUGACGGUCAGGAGGACCCGUCGGAGCACAGCCUCGCUCGAAGCGUGGAUGGACAGAGGGACAUUCUUGAAGAGGAGGAGGAGGAGGAAGAGGAGGACUCCCUGCAGCACGACAGGACAGGUGAAGCCUGCUGGUCCCAGAACAGUUACCCCUUCAACAGAGUGUUACCCUCUGAGUCAGCAAUGAUCACUAACAGUUUGGGACAUCAGAGUCUGUCUCCCAGCUCACCUCCGGGCCCCAACAGGCUUCCUCCCCACCGGUACCCUCGAGAGCACCGGGAGGCGCUGGCACAGCAGGGUCUGGUCCUACAGCCCACCAAGCAGGCCCAGAUAGUCAAGACCAACCAGCACAUGAACUCCAUGCAGGCUGGGGGAGGAGCUGUGGGGGGCCGCUCAGCAGGGGCCAAAUCUUACGCACCUUCCAGCCCAUUACCCAGCCGACACAUGUCCAGCAUGCUGAAGCCGGGCCCAGGUAUCGACAUCAGUCCUCUGCCUCCAGCUGACGAGCCGGUGUACGGGAACCGCAUGUUGAUGGCAGCCGCCUCCACCUCCAUGGGUCACAGUUGUGAAAGUGAGAACAUCCACCUGUCCCAGGCCUCCUACUCAUCCUGUAGCAGCUCCAAAGGUCUGGGACAAGAACGGCUGUCUGCCCACUCCGCAUCCUCUCUGGAUGGCUUGGCCUGCUCUGGUCCUGGCCUCCAGGGGAGCCACGCUGACCCAGGAAAGGAAGGAGUGUGUGGUGCAGUUGGAUCUCAGGGAGGAAGCAGCAGCAGCAUGCGUGUGUCCAGCUCCACCAGCAGCCUGGCGUCCAGCAGCAGCCUGUCAGACAGCGGCAAGCUGGGACCUGAUGUCCGCACCAAGAUCUCUGACAAAGCAAAGCACAGCCAGCAGGCCAGUUCUACGGCAGAGUACAAACCCAGACCCUUCAUGGGCAUCACUGACAAGACGGCACGCUUUCAGCAGCAGCUGCAGCAAAUUCAGCAGCAGCAGCAGCAGCAGCACGGCCUACAGGGUCACCCCAGCCUGCAGUCUGUCGGUCGCAGCUGGUUGAACCACUCCUCUGACGGCCUCGUGUGUCACAACAUGUCGGCGAUGAACCUGCAGCCCGUCGACUGCGAGCUUUCUUACGGUAAAACAGUGAGCACUUACCAGGAGCAGCACAAACCUCCACCACCUCAGGGUGGCAUGGCAAUGAGUAGCUUACAAAACGGCAUGCAUGCCAAGGAAUUUGCAGAAAAGUUCUGCCAAGCUGCCAACUGUUACAAAGAGUCCAAGCCAGCGCUGGCUAUGCCGCACACGUUCGUGGACAGUAAGCCCAAGCAGCCUGGCCUCGCCCGAGAUAAUCCUGCCAUUCACGUAGCUUCAAUGAAACCAAAGCGAUCAUUUAUAGAGUCGAAUGUGUAAAAGUGUUUGUUUCAUCUCUCUUACAGGCCACAAUGCACACACAAACACACAGAAUACACUAGCGAAAUCCUAAAGCAAGAGGACUUGUUCUAAUUAGUUUUAAACCAGUCCCAAACAGUACAGUCUCACUUUUAAGCCUUGUAGGAAGUACAGUUUGCAAGCUGUUUGUUUUCCUGUGAAUACAGACACCAAGCAAGUGUACUAAAAGCUCCAAGUUUUACUCGUCCCAAUCUGCCGCUUAGGCCUGUCAGCUUCUGUUACACGACGACAUGUCCGCCGUCAUUCAGCCAAGCUGGAGACAUUGCACUGAAGGAAGUAUUUGGACAUGUACUGUACAAUCCCCAUCAGCGAAGUGGUGACAGCGAGCACUUUACACACAGUUAGGCCCUGCAACUGCUUAAACAACAUAUUCAAUUACAGCAUAAUGUUAUUAUGGAACAGUUCUGAAUGGAAGACUGGAAAUGGGCUUUGAACUGUGUUCAUUACGUCCAUGGUGCUGAGUGGAGAAAUAAAGAAGAGAAAGUCCUCAUAAAAAGUCUAAGGGACGGGCAUUCCUGUGUUUUACGAAGGAUGUUAUAGAUCCUCAUGUUGUGUAUAUUCUAUAAAUAUGUACCUCCUUCUUUUCAGUGAAGGUCUAUGUUAAGUGUAUUGACAAGUUCAUACUUGUGUAUUUUGAGUUUUAGGCACAAUGUUGUUGAAAUGGUGUUAAAGGUUCUACAAAACAUUUGUUAAAUAUAUUUGUACAUUAUAUAAAUCACCAUUAACACUGAAUCCCUUUCUGUAUCUGCUUGUCGUUGCUGUCUAGUUUAAUUUAUUUACAGCGCCAAUGGCUUGGUUAAUUGUAAAAGCAAUAUAUUUUAUAUAGUUAUUUUUGCACAGCUACUAAGACAUUUUAUGAUUCUCAAUAAUGUUGAGAUUUAAGUGCAUGCUACAAUUGCAGUUUAUAUUACAGAGUAAAGGAAAAAAUCUAUAAAAACAGAAAUGGUUUUGGGGCACAGUGCCAUCCGCUCUAUUUUAUUAUGUACGUUAAAUGCAAUUGUUGCCAUGUUUUCAGUAUUGUGAGCUUUAUUAGCUGUGAUCACAUACUGUAAUAGAACAUUACUGCCAUAGCCACCAUGGGAGAGAGAAAUAAAAGACCCACUGAGGAAAAA